AUGCGUUGUUUAAAUGUUAAACACGUUAACAAUUUAGAAUUUAUCGAUUGUUACUGGUCGAUAUUUGCCGUCGAAAGAUUCGCUUCGAAUUAUGUUAUCGAAAAAAUCGUCAUAAAAUACACGUUAAAAUUCGAAGGUCCAUGGUUGAAACUCGAACAUGAAAAGUUGAAUAUCGAAAGUGCAUCAUUUAUAAAUAUGUCGUCUCUGAAAUAUUUAGAAAUUGAAGGCGUAAGAACUUUCGAUAUAUUCAGUUUGAGUUUUCACGGCUAUUCUUCUCUGAUUUCUUUUAAAAUCACAAAUUAUAAUUUUACGUCGUUUCUGCACAGACCAUUCCGAACAUUGAAUAAACUUUCUGAAUUACAAGUAAACUUUGGUAAAUUAAAGGCUUUGCCAGAAGAACUGUUUCAUGGUCUUUAUAAUUUGAAAACCCUGGAUUUAAGUUACAACUUAAUUGAAUCCGUUCAUCCUUUUGUCUUUCGACAUUUCACUUUAUUGGAACAGUUAAGUUUGAGAAGUAACAAAAUAGAAAGUUUACCUGAAAAACUCUUUCGUGGACUUUAUAAUUUGAAAUCCCUCGAUUUAAGAAACAACUUAAUUGAAUCCGUUCAUCCUUUAGUCUUUCGACAUCUCCAUUUAUUGAAACAGUUAAAUUUGGAAGAAAACCCAAUAAAAAGUUAUACUGAAAACUUGCUGGAAGGUCUUUCGAACUUAACGAUAUUUUCUAUUUCUGGAAAAUCCUCUCAUUCUGAAUAUUUAUUUUCGAAGGGACCACACAAUGUAACACGCUUGCGCUCUGUAUUUUUGAAGGGACUCGACAAUUUAAUAGAAUUUCGCGCUUCUUACUUUCCUUUACUUCGAAUCGAAGAAGAUUUAUUUUCUCAUUCCAUGAACUUAAGAAAUGUUGUUUUCGAUUCCAACAAUGUUCUACAUCUUCCAUCCAAUCUUCUAAAAAAUAAUAAAAAUCUGGAAGUUUUUCAAUACAAAUGGAAUAAAUUAUUGACAGUACCAAACGGUAUUUUCGAUGGACUUUCGAAACUCAAAAAAAUCAAUUUACGCGGAAAUGGUUUAGAACACAUUUCAGAAUAUACUUUUCAAAGUUUGUCGAAUCUCGACGAACUGGAUUUAUCAUAUAAUCGCUUGACAUUUUUACCUAAAAACAUCUUUCUUCCAAUGAAUAACUUACGAAUUCUCCGUCUUUCUAGUAACAAUUUCAGUAAAAUUUUUUUCGACUUCAACAAUAAAUUCGAAGAACUCUAUUUGGGUAGAGCGGGUUUGAGAGAAUGGCCGAAUUUAAAUUGGACAAAAUACAAUUUGACUUAUGUUUAUGCUCCAUUUAACCAUUUCGAAACUGUCAAAUUGCCGAUUUACACUCCAAAUCGAAUGAAGGUUAUUUUAAAUUACUGUCACAUAAAAACAAUUUACAUCGACGAAUGGAAAUACGGAUUCAACCAACCCAAUUAUCAUUUAUAUGGAAACCCAAUAAUUUGUGAUGGAGAACUUUUGCAUUUUAUCAGUACUGUUCAAUCAAAUUUACAAAUUUCGUUACAAAUUUUUUCGAAUAUAAAAGACAUGAAAUGUCACGGAGAAGAAAGAAAAUUGCUGGAUUUUACGCAAUUCUUCUCUAUUAGAAGCCAUUGUCCGCUAAACUGCGAAUGCUUCUCGAAAAACGACGAGCUCAGAGUCGAUUGUAAUCGAAAGGAAAUAAAGAAAAUACCCGAAUUUCUAAUCGAAAAUGCAACAGUCGUCGAUUUGAGUAAUAAUUACAUAAAUGAAUUUUCAACUGUGGAUUAUCGAACGUGGGGCAAAGUCACUCGUCUGCAUCUGAGCAACAAUUCUCUAUUGCAUUUUCCGGAUUGUGUUUUUUUGCCAAACAUCAAAUUUCUUUGGUUGAACGGAAACCGUUUAACCGAAUUGUCUUUCGGAUUAAUGAAUCUGAUCGACGUUUCUGCUGAAUUCACGGUAUACUUGUCGAGAAACAAUUGGAAUUGUGAUUGUCAUUCGCGAUUUACAAAAGACUGGUUACUUCGAAACAAAAGGAAGAUUUUAGAUUUCUCCGAUGUUUUAUGCACGAAAAACUCGUCUGUUUUCUCUUUCAUCAGAUUUAUUUCUAAUAAUCAAUGCAUACAAAUCCCAGAAGAUAAGUUCAUGUCGUUCGUAAAUGUUUCUCCUACAAAAGGCGUGUGUUUUGACGAAGUUGGUUGUGCUUUUGGAUGGAAAGUCGCAGUUGCUGUGUUUGCUUUUCUACUGUUGUUCAGUUGGAUUAUGUUUGCUUCCUUUGUUUAUUGUCAUAAAAAAAGAAAUGUCGAGAAAGUGGCAGAGCCUAAGGAAGAACAAGUGAUUUACUACAACGUUUCAACUGACAAUUUGUCAAUUGAAAUGUUUAACCGGUAUAAUGAAUAA